AUGGAUAUAUUCAAAAAAACAUUUUCAUGGAAUCGUGAAAAAAAGCCUGGUCAGCAGAAAAGCCGAUUUUCUUUAAUUAGCAACAGCAAAAAGCUGCAACAAUCCCUAAUACAACAGCAAGAACAACAUCAAAAGCAGCUGCAGGAUGACCCUAAUGCUUUUUUACCCCGAUUAACUGUCAGUACUACAUACAACACCACAAAUGAAAUAUAUACACCACAGGAUGAUAAUGCAAUAACGCCUUCCAUAUUGAAACAUCAGUCUUCGUUACCUUCUAAUCAAUUUACUGAAUUAGCUACUCAGUCCUCUCAAUACGAUACCAAAUCAGAUACUUCUUUCAACACUGUUACUACCACAACAGACGACAGUCUCCUAUCACUGCAUUCUCAUUCAUUAACUCCAGUUAGUACUUCUACAUCAGCCUCUGUGCUUAUGGUAGACGCUCCUCCAAGACAACAAUCUAAGCAAGUAUAUCUUCAGCGCCAAAAACAACAGUUACAACAAAAUCAUCCAAAUGAUCAGAUCAGUAUAAAUACCCAUCACCGUCCAAAAGAUGAUAAUCAACCAAGUAAUGCGAACGAUGAAAAUAAAGCCAAAGAAACAGAUAUUGAAAGUAUAGAAGAUGAUUACAUUGUCCUCGGCAUGAAAUAUCAUGAAAAAGGAGAAACAGAGAAAGCAACUUACUGUUGGCGAUUAGCAUCCAAUUCAGGUUCAUCUUUGGGUAUGUUUUUUUACGGUAUUGCACUUCGACAUGGUUGGGGUUGUAAGAAAGAACCCAAUUUAGCUGUUCAGUAUCUACAACAGGCUGCAGAAUUUGCUGUCUAUGAUCUACAAGUCGCUCUGAAUGUGCCUCUCAUGAACGAGUCCUCACCGCAGCGACAACAACAACAGCUACAGAAAGCACAGCUACCAAUUUUGCAACCAACCCGAUCUACUUUAUCUUCAUUGUCCUCAUCAUCGUCGAGAUCUACAAGGAGGGUUACUUCUCCAGCAGUGGCAAAAUCUGAACUGAUAUUGGCUAUAUACGAACUUGGUGUAUGCUUUAAGCAUGGCUGGGGUGUACCAAAAAAUUUAGAAACAGCGGCUUGCUACUUCCAAAUUGCAGCAAAUCUAGGCGACCCAGAUGCACAAAAUGACCUAGGAUUUUGUUAUUAUAAUGGCAUUGGCGUCAAAAAAGACAAUUACUGCGCAGCUAAAUAUUUUCGACUUGCUGAAAGGCAAGGCCAAGGCAUGAUGGGGAAUUCCUGGAUUUGGAAAGAUAAGUACAAUAUUGUAGAUAAUCCUGAAUGGAAACCUGGCAUGACCAUUACGGAUAUGAGAAGGAUGGCAAAGAAGGCGACGAAGAAGAAGAUAUAG